AAUUAUUUUUUUGCAAUAAAUUAGUAUGUGUUUCGGAGAAAACGAAGUAUUGAGAAGAAUCCGUGGUUACUUUGGUUUUGGUAGGAACAGGAGUUCUGCAGAUAGUACCAUGGUGGUCGGGGUAGAAGUUCCGAAGCUGAAAAUGAACGACGGAAAUUACAUGCCAGCGAUAGCUCUUGGCACCUAUUUAGGAUUUGGCAAGGAUGGCCCAGUCAAUUCUGAAAAUAACAUGCUGCACGACGCUAUAAUUCACGCAUUGAACGCUGGGUACCGUCAUAUCGACACAGCCGCUAUUUACAAUACGGAAGCUGAGAUUGGUGAGGCGCUGAGGAUGAAGCUUGCUAGCGGUGAAAUCAAACGAGAAGACUUGUUUAUAACCACUAAGUUGUGGAAUACAGACCACAAGCGAGAAGAAGUAAUGGAAGCAAUGAAGGAAUCUCUAACGAAGCUGGGACUCAGCUAUGUUGACUUGUACUUGAUGCAUUGGCCGAUGGGUCUCAAUGAGGACUACUCUCAUUCUGAUACUGACUACAUCGAGACAUGGCGUGGGAUGGAAGAUGUCCAACGCCUCGGGCUGGCCAAGUCCAUUGGUGUGUCCAACUUCAACAAGGAACAGUUAACAAGACUAUUGAGAGAAGCGGAAAUUAAACCAACUGCUUUACAAAUUGAGGUCCACCCUCAAAUCAUCCAAACGGAGCUGGUACAGUUUGCCCACUCUGAGGGAAUAGUUGUCAUGGGUUACAGUCCAUUCGGCGCGCUUGUGAUGAGAUAUGGCAUGGAACUGCCUGGCCCCAGAUUCACCGACCCACGUUUGGCUGAUGUCGCCAAGAAAUACCGCAAAACUCCAGCUCAAGUAGCGUUGCGGUGGUUGGUUGACAGAAACAUCGUGCCAAUACCAAAGAGUGUAAAUCCGAAGCGUUUAGAAGAAAACAUCAAUAUAUUCGACUUUAAGCUCGCUCCGGAGGAAAUAAACAGGAUCAACGAUUACAACUCUAACACUAGAUACACUCUGCCCUCGUUCUGGCAGGAUCAUCCCUAUUAUCCCUUCGAAAAGAUUGCGAGCCCGGCAGCAAAUCCUUUUCUUAGAGAUUAACAGAUGAUGUGAUUGUUACUCAGUAAAUUUUAAGAUUUAUUAUUGUGAUAAAAAGUCAGGUUUCUUUGAUGAAAUUUUUGUACUGAUGUUUAAUAAUUAAUGUGAAUUCAAGAUAAGUAUAACAGUAUUAAAGAAUGAAAUUUA